UCUGCGCUCAAAAUGUUGAAGGCAAUAUAUUUUGGCAAAAUUAAAAAGGAGACUACCGAACGACUCUUGGAAAAGUAUGGAAAGGAGGGAAGUUUUCUUCUCAGAGACAGUGAAAGCUUACGAGGAGCCCUGUGCCUGUGUGUUAGGAAUGCACCAUUUGUUCACACUUACAGGAUAGAGCAGUCUGCUCAGGGUUGGGCUGUCCAGACUCUUGAUGGAGCAAAGCCUCAGUGGUUCCAGUCUGUGGAUGAACUCCUUGAGUGCUACAGACGACUGAGACCAGAAAACAUGGCCCCCCUCUUAUAUCCACUGGAGAGGACACAGCUCAGUACAGCGGAAAGCCUACUCAAAGAGCCUGUCUACAUGGAGAUGUGAUAACCUGCAAACAUCUGUGUGCGUG